AUGGCACCUUUACCCCCUCUUUACCGCACUUUUGUUCGUCCCGAGACUCUACCAGAGAAAAAGAGCUAUCCAGCACCGGGAGGUUUUAGUCAAGUUAUUACCCCAACUCUUUACAUCAAAUAUGCUAUUUUCAUUGAACAGGAUGAUCAAAGAGGUCUUAUUCCUAUCCACAAACUUGAAAAGGCUAUUGCUAAAGCCUUGACCCUAUUUUACCUCUUUGCCGGUCGUUUAACACCCGAGCCACGAGGACGAUUUUCUAUUCAAGAUUUUGACAAGGGUUGUCUUUUUCAAGUAUGCGAGUUGCCUGAUUCAUUUGAAGAAUACAAAAAGAAUCACUUUGGUUAUGCCACUGUUCCUGUGGAUGAACUCAUGCCCAUUCACCACUGUACCUCAUUUGAUACACCCCUCUUCGGUGUUCAGCUGACCCAAUUACAAGGUGGCCAGGCACUUUCGUACUCACUCAAUCAUCGAUUGGCAGAGGGUGUGGCACUUUCGGGGUUUACGAGUGCUUUAACCUAUGCUUUGCGUCAUGACAAAGUACCGCAUAUCGAAAUGUAUUACGACUGGCAACGUCCACCAUUGAAACCUAGUCCCAAGUACGACCACAGUAUUGACUAUCCCGUGAUGAAAGAAAUCCCCAAACGCAUGGCAGCAAUGGAUCCUGGUCCAUCCACGAAACGCGUAUUUGCUUUUGCUGAAGACAAAGCUCAGGAACUCAAACGUCAAAUGAAACAAGAGAUGCCUGAUAAGGAUGUCAGGUUAUCAGUGCGUGAUGCUAUUACGGCUUUCAUGUAUCGAGCCAUUGUCAAAGCGAGAAGGCUAAAGGGGCAAUGUAAUUUGGUCUAUGCAGUGAGCACGCGGCAUGUACACCCCGAUAAACGGAUGAUGCAGCAUUUUGGAAACUACUUUGUUCCGACUACUGUUCCUGGAGAGCAUGAUGAGCUGAUCCAUAGCCCCUUGGUAUCCAUUGCACAACGCAUCCGUGAGCACGUUGGCAAGGUGAAUCCUGAAUACAUGGAUUCAUUGGAAUACUAUCUCAAUAAUCAGGAAGACCUAACCAAGGUGUCACAGCCCGUGUCCCGAAUGACAGCUAAAGAUGUAAUAUGGUCCGAUGCGAGUCGAUAUGUGUCUGACUACGAUUUCGGAUACGGCAAACAUUGCAGCGUGACCAGAAAUUGGACUGAUCCAAAGCCUAUGGCAGUGGUUGCUGGGAUGCCAAGAAACAAUAAGGGUGAAUUUGAGUUGGUGGUUCAAUUGGAUCCAGAGAGUAUGGAACGAUUGAUGAAUGAUAAACAAGUACAAUACUAUACACUUGGCGCUUUUUAA